AUGAACCAGGUCCUGAAUGAAUGCCACGCCGCGCGCACGGCGCGGCGGGAAGACGGAUACGCGCGACCGCGCCUCCUGUCGCAAUUUCGCGGUGAGCUGGAAGAGAACGGCGAAGACGGCUUGGGACUGCCUCGACGACCGACGGAGGCCGAGCUCGACGCGCUCGAGGCGAAGUACCGGACCGAGAUGCCGCAAGUAGUUUCAGAACCGCUGGGGCUGCCGAUGGAGUCAUCAGCCUGGCAGUUGGCCGACGGGACUGUCGUCUCCGAUGUCGAUCCAUAUGCUGAUUGGGAGGCAAGAGCGCGGGGCGAGGGCGUCGAAGCGUUAGCAGCUGCGCGCGCGGCGCGGGCGGCAGCGGAGGAAGAUGCCCCACUGAGCCCCGCGGGGUCGCUCCCGAGCCCUGUCGGGCGUCCUGAUUCUGAUCUGGGCCGCGCGAUCGACGCGGCGAUUCGUGAUGCCGACGAAGCGCUCGCGGCGAUUGGCGCCGACGCCGUGCUGGAGCGGCGUCCCGUGGAGCCUUCGAAGCUUUGGUGGCGUUGCCGCGUUACGUGGGUGCGAGUGAUGUGUACGUGCGCGCCUUACUGGAAGACUCCUUCUGGAGCGGGUAAAAGUGUCGCUUCGUCUGCACUCGCAUGCUACGCGACGCGGGGACGCUGCCACGGCCGCACGCGACGCGUUUCCUACCCGAAGUCACCACCGCUCGAUAUUCGCACAGGAUAGCGCCGACGCCGCAGAGCUGCUGCCGGGGUCUUCUGAGACAGACAACGCCAGCGACGGGAGCGACGACGCCGUGACGGCCGAGCCUACUGCGGAGCCGGCGGUCGAACAUACUGCGGAGCCCAAGGCCGAGCCUACUGCCACCAGCGGAGCUAAGGCCGACGGUGCCAAAUACGACGGCUCCAAGUACGACGGCGCCAAGGCCGACUCGUACGACGGCACCGACGGUGGCACUGAGCCUAUUGCGGUCGGCGACCCGGUCUACGGUACACUCGUCAAGCUCCUCGACGCCGCGCAGCGAGGCGACCACACGGCGGUCGCGGGACUGCUACGCGAGGCCGAUCCAGCGGCACGCCGGAGGCUGGCCGGGUCGCGGGCCCGCGUCGGGAGUUCGUUCACGUCAUCGACGCCGCUCGAACUCGCGGCCGCGGCACACGAAGAGGGCGAAGAGGCAGCCGUCGAAUGCUGUGCUUUGCUCCUUCGAUACACUUGCGCGUCGAAGGACGCCGUCGCCUCUGCGCGCCGCGUCGGUAAUGACGCUGUCGCCGCGCUACUGGAGACGCCCAUACCGCCGCAAGACGAGGACGCGCCGCCGCCGGUUCCGAAGGCGCCGCUGACGGUCGGCGCCGCGCACGCCCGUGGGCGCCUGUUGGGACGCAAGCUCUUCCGUGCUAUAUCGACGGAAGGCACUGCCACAACGGAUCGGCUCCUCGGCGCCGUCGAACGCGCCCCGACUCUCGUCCGCCGAGCCGCCAUUGCGUUCACCGACGGCAACCGCUGGACGUCUCUCCACGCUGCCGCUGCUGUCGGUAACGCCGACGCUGUAUCCCGGCUCCUGACCGUCGGCGCCUCGCCCGCCCUGCGCACGGCGACGGGCGCCGACGUCGUCAAGAUUGCGUGCGACGCGCGGCAGAUCCAAGUCGUCGGCGUGCUCCGACGCCACGCGGCCGGCGCGACCGGCAAGCGGCGGAAGCCUCGGCCGCCGCCGCCUCCAGAGGAGCAGGUGCCCGAACCAACGCCGACCAGCGAAGUACCGCCGCCUCCGCCGCCCGCCGAGACGGCGCCGACGGAAGCUCCGCCCACGCCCGCCGCGCCGCCGGCACCGGAGCCCCUGUUCGCCGUCGGCGCGCGCAUCGAAGCGCAGUUCGAAGGUGGCGACGAGUGGUACGCGGGCGUGGUAGAAGCUGUGGACGGAGACACCUUCAACGUUUUAUACGACGACGGCGACCGCGAGAUCGGCAUAGCCGCGGCGUUUAUGCGGAUGGAGGGCUCCACGGAAUCGUCGGCAGAUGAUGCGCCGGCGACGGAUGCACUGAUAACGGAUGUCGCACCAGUCGAGACAGCGCCUGCGCCGCCCGCCGAAGCGACGCCGCCCAAGCCGCCCGCUGAGACGGCGCCGCCGCCGCCGCCUGUCGAGACGGCGCCGCCUCGCACCAAAACCGCGACGGGACGAGCGUCUGCUAGUAACCUAGCAAAGGCGUGCCGGCGCGGCGACGCAAAAGCCGUCGAGAAUUUACUGGAGCGCGGCGCGCCCGUCGGCGACACGCUGCUCCAUGAAGUAUGCGGCUUGGACGACGUCGACGCGGCGGUGUCGAUCGCGAGGCUGAUCAUCGCCAAGGACAAAACUGCGGCCGCUCGCCUCGACCGCGUUGGUCGACCACCGCUGUUUGGAGCAGUUCACUGCUCAGCCCUUUUUGACUUGAUAUUCGAGGCGUGGCCAGCCGGUGCGACGACCACCGACACUCGGGGUUUCACGGCCCUGCAUGCCGCGGCCGCGGCCGGAACUGAUGUCGUCGAGUUCAUGGUGGAAAGUGGCGCCAGGAUAGACGCACGCGACGACCGCGGGAGAGUGCCCCUCUGGCACGCGGCGGCGAACGGACACGUGAACGUUGUCAAGUCAUUAUGUUCGCGCACCGGGCGCCUCUCGAGCGCAGAAAAUCCGCUCGAGGUCGCGAUUUCGCGGCGCCAUUACGACGUCGCCCGCGUGCUGCUCGACGCCGGCGCGCCCGUCUCCAACCGGGUGGUCGAGCUCGCUCGGACCGGCCCGCUCCGCAAUGCGGUCCUCGCGCGCCGGAAGAGCGACGACGAGCGCAAGCGGGCCCGCGUCGCCCCUGUGGUGGCGACCAAGGCGGAACUCCGGGAUUUCUCGCACCGGCUCGUCGGCGUUUAAUGUUGUCUAAAUAAUACCAACCCCGG